AUGUUUCAAUUUUUUCGAAGAAGACAUCAAUAUCUCUUAUUUGAUUCUGCUGAACAAGAGGUUAUACAUGAAAAUUGUUUAACCGUGGAAGGAGAAAGUUUAGAGAGAAAAGGCGAAGUGAAGACACAUCGAGGUUCUAUUAUCGAUCAUGUUUACAUCGAUCGUGAUCAUAAGACGACCCAUGAAAACUUGGUGCGUGAUUACUUCUCCCUAACCCUGCCAUUUCCUCAUAGGUUAUUUCGAAGAGGAUUUCGUAUGAGUCAUAAAUUAUUCCUCCAUAUUUAUGAUGUUGUUGUGGCUUAUGAUGAAUAUUUUGUGCAAUCUCGAAAUGUUGCACGGAUAGAGGGCUUAUCUUCAUUACAGAAAGUUACUGCAGCACUCAGAAUGAUAUGUUAUGGAGUUUCUGGUGAUAUAGUGGAUGAGUAUAUUCGGCUUGCAGAGAGCACAACAAAUGAGGCAAUGAAAAAAUUUGUUGAGGCAGUGAUUAAUAUUUUCGGUGAUAAAUACUUGAGGUCACAUAAUUCCAAUGACAUAAAUAGGUUGCUUCAACUACACGAGAAGCAUGGAUUCCCAGGAAUGCUUGGCAGCAUUGAUUGUAUGCACUGGACAUGGAAAAAUUGUCCAAGCGGAUGGAAGGGUCACUACUCAGGCCAUAGUGGUGAUGCAACAGUGAUAUUAGAGGCAGUAGCCUCACGUGAUCUUUGGACAUGGCAUACUUUCUUUGGCCUUCAGGGUUCACUCAAUGACAUCAACGUUCUUGAACGUUCUCCUGUCUUUACAGAUGUUAUUAUCGGUCGUGCUCCAUCAGUGAACUUUGUCAUCAAUAAUAAUCAAUACGAUAUGGGAUAUUAUCUGGCAGAUGGAAUCUACCCAAAAUGGUCAACUAUUGCAAAUACAAUCCAAAUGCCACAAUCUCAAAAGGCAAAAAAUUAUGCAAGAGCUCAAGAGUCUGCACGGAAAGAUGUUGAACAUGUCCUUGGAGUUCUCCAAUCAUGUUUCCAUAUAAUUCAACAACCUUGCAAGUAUUUCAAGUUAGCAACAAUGAAGAAUAUCAUGAGGGCAUGUGUUAUAUUGCAUAACAUGAUUGUAGAAGACGAGCGUUACCUAUACAAGUCACUGGAGAAAAGUAACUAUUAUUUGUUUGAAGAAGUUUCUGCUCCAAUAGUAGAUUACGGAUAUAACCACUUUGAUUAUAACCAAUUCAUUGCUGGACGUGAAAAGUUAAAAGACAAAAUUAUGCACCGCCAUCUUCAAGAAUACUUAAUUAAGCAUCUAUGGGAGAGGCAUGGAAAUGUUGAUUACUAG